GAUAAAAUAUUUUGUAGUUUGCGAAGAAGAAAAAACAUAAAUACACACACAAUAUGGAAAGUGAGAUUCAAAAGUUUUAUAGAAACAAGACUGUUUUUAUAACAGGAGGUUCUGGAUUUUUGGGCAAAGUUAUCAUUGAGAAACUAUUACGUACAACGGCAGUCUCUCGUAUAUAUAUGAUGAUCAGGACAAAGCGUGGUAAGAGCAUGGAGGAACGCUUUGAGUCCUGGAGAAAGGAUUCGAUUUUUAAAACGCUGUUAAGCUCUAGACCCCACGCCUUGGAUAUUUUGACGCCCAUUGCGGGAGAUUGCCAGGACAUGGAUCUUGGCAUAAGUGAUGCUAACCUUCAGCUUCUGAAAGAUAAGGUGCAAAUUGUACUGCAUGGAGCAGCGACGGUACGUUUCAAUGAGCCUCUUCAUGUGGCAUUGGCCAUCAACACACGCGGCACUUAUCUCAUGCUGCAGCUGGCCAAAAAGAUGCGCCAACUUGUGGCUUUUGUUCACAUCUCCACGGCGUUCUCGAAUUGUAUGACUGGCACCAUUGAUGAGGAAUUUCACCCAGAAGAAUUAAAUUGCGACUCUAAAAAGGUACUCCAACUUAGUGAGCAGAUAAGCGAGGAACUUUUAGACAAACUUGCACCUACUUUGUCGGAAAAGUUUCCCAACACAUACACUUAUUCUAAAGCACUGGCUGAGGAUGUUGUCCUACGGGAGGCAGGCAAUCUACCAAUCUGUAUUUUUCGCCCUGGUGUCAUUAUUGCCACCGCCAAGGAGCCAGUUUCGGGUUGGAUUGACAAUUUAUAUGGACCAAUUGCUAUUACCUAUGGUGUUGCCUAUGGAGUUCUACGCCUAGCCCUGCUCGACACAAAAGCCCAUUGUCCUACGGUACCUGUCGAUUUUUGCGCCAAUGUAGCCUUGUCUUCCGCUUGGAAAGUGGUCAAAGAGACGCGAUCCACAAUCCAAGCUCAAUGCCAGAAACCUCCGACUAUCUAUAAUUAUGCCAGCAGUCCAGAGAAUGUCUUAACUUACGGUGAUUUUCGGGAUCUAGCAAUGAUUCAUGGAGCCAAAUAUCCUGUGACAAAGAUGUUAUGGUAUCCCUUCCUGCACUGUAUAUCAACGAUAUGGCUUUUUCCAUUGGCUGCCUUUUUUUAUCAUACACUACCCGGCCAUUUGGUUGAUCUAGGCCUUCGUGUAAUGGGCAAAAAACCGCGAUUGGUAAAAGCCUAUAAAAAAAUUCACAAAAACAUCAUAGCCUUGGGACCGUUUGCCCUUAAGACCUGGGAUUUUGAUAUGAACAAUCUCAAUCAAUUGUGGCAAGACAUGUCACCAGAAGAUCAAAUAAUUUAUAACUUUGAUAUUCAGAAAUUAGACUGGAAUGAAUAUUUUAACCAUGCCCUUCGUGGCAUGAGGCUCUACUUGGGGAAGGAAACUCCCACAGAAGAUUCAUAUAAUGUUGGUAGAAAACUUCUACAGCGCUUUUAUGUUUUGCAUCUCUUUGUGCAAUUCCUCCUCUGCUGUGCUGGUGGAUCAAUUAUUUGGUUUCUCUUUGGGUUUUUAGCAUCAUUUUUCUAAAUAUAUCCAUCGUUGUUGGUGUUAAAUUUUGGAGAGGUUGAAAUUUUUUAACAAA